UCAAUGGUAAGAACACAUUUUUUACAUAACUUCAAAGUUACCAAUAUUCAUUGAACAGUUUAGCUGAGUUUCCAUUUUUCCCACAGCCCGCGAAGGCAGCACCCUAUCGCAGCAUCGCCGGACCUCUCAGGUGUCUGCCGGGCUGCUGCACAGGAGCCAAUGGAGGAAUGAAAACGGAGCUGCAUGGCGGACCGAGAGAAGAGGAAAACCAGCCCACCGCCUGGCCGCAAUAUACAGGUGAACUCCCCGGCCAGCUUCAGGUUGACCCAUGACAUCAGCCUGGAUGAGUUUGAAGAUGAUGACCUGUCAGAGAUUACGGAGAUCACAGACGAGUGCGGGAUGAGCCUCAACUGCAAUGGCCCCGAUAUAAAGGGCCAUGUGAGGCGAGGAACCAAUAGCAUGUCGGGGAGGGCCGAACUGGGUGCCGUUGGCCAGCUCCAGGCAGAGAUGCUGCAUUUGGACCUCAUUGACGGUGCUGACGGUUACCGCGGUGACAAAGAGUCCUUGAAGGCGUCCGCCAUCGCACCCCCGCCAGUCACCAAGGACCUUGCAGCACCUGUUACCAUGGAUACCUACCGGCCCAAGAGACCCACGACCCUUAACCUCUUCCCGAUUGUGCCACGCACACAGGACACGUUAAAUAACAACUCCUUCGGGAAGAAAUACAGUUGGCAGGAGAAGGUUUCGGGCUCGUCCUCGCCUCUUAAAACAGGUGAGCUUACCCCUCCACGUGAGCACAGCUGUCUGAGUGACGAGGACAAGGUACAGGGCGGCGGGGCGCAGACCAAAGACCGCGGCACAUCCACUGACGCCCCCUGCAGACACAGCCACACCUCUGGACACUCGCACGGCUCGUCCAUAGCGGUGGUGACACGCUCCAAGCUUCAGGAGAAACCGCCCGCGCCGCCACCACCACAGAACUACACACCAGCACCUCUGUACCCGACAGGGAAGGUGGAUGGAGGCGGGCACCACCGGGAGAGGAUCCGCUACCACACAGACGUUCAUCUAGAGCCCACAGAGGAGAUUUAUCUGACUCCUGUGCAGCGCUCUGCUGACCCCCUGGAGCCACCCAGCGCACAGGAUAGGCCUUUCCUCUCGCAGCAGACUGAGCAGGGCCGCAUGUCCAUCAGCUCCGACACAGAGGGCCCACCUCCUUACCAGCCCCUCCCAGACCGGACCAACCCCUCCAUCUACGAGGAGGACGAGGUCUACAUCCCCCCGCCUUCUUAUGCUUCCUGUGUAGAGUCCCUCAUCACGCCGCCCAGCAUGGCUCUCUCAGCUCGCUCCUCCCUCGCGCUGGACCUCAGUAUGAAGGGGGCAGGAACGGGCGCCGGGGUCAUGCUGAGAGCCGGCUCAUCUGUGGAGUAUGUGGAUGCCACAGAUGAAAGCUACUGUGGGGAGGAUGAGGAUGUGGACAGGGUAAUAAUGGAUGGAAGGAUGAGAAAGGGGGGAGGAAAGGGGGAUGGCGGCGGAGGCGGCGGCGGCAGGGCCGUUCCGCUAAGGACUUCCAUGAGCUCGGACGCCAGCGGCCUUUCGUACGAUUCGGUCAAAUACACGCUGGUGGUGGACGAGCACGCUCAGCUAGAACUGGUCAGUCUCCGGCAGUGUUACCAAGGCUACAGCGAUGACAGCGACUCAGCCACCGUCUACGACAACUGCGUCUCCUCUCCCUACGAGUCGGCCAUCGGUGAGGAGUACGAGGAGGAGGAUGAAGAGGAGGAUGGCGCUCGGUUGGGAGGAGUUAGGAGAGAGGCCACAGCUUGUCUGUCUGAAGACUCCACUCCAGAAGCAGACAUGCACUUCUCCAAGAAGUUCCUGAACGUCUUCAUGAACGGCCGCUCUCGCUCCUCCAGUGCAGAAUCUUUUGGCUUGUACUCUUGCAUCAUAAAUGGAGAGGAGAAGGAUCAGAGUCACAGAGCCGUCUACAGGUUUGUCCCCCGACACGACGAUGAGUUGGAGCUGGAGGUGGAUGAUCCGUUGCUGGUGGAGGUCCAGGCGGAGGAUUACUGGUACGAGGGCUACAACAUGCGAACUGGUGCCCGUGGGAUCUUCCCAGCUUAUUACGCUAUAGAGGUGACAAAGGAGACAGAGGAGAGCUACAAAGUGAAGAGCAGUGAAUGGAUGGACAGAUACCGUCUGAAGUUCCUGGGCUCAGUCCAAGUGCCCUACCACAAAGGAAACGACGUUCUGUGUGCAGCUAUGCAGAAGAUUGCCACCAACAGAAGGAUGACAGUCAAGUACAACCCGCCGUCUUCGUGCAUCCUGGAGAUCAGUGUGAAAGGCAUCAAGCUCGCAGUUCAGGAGGAUUACUACGCCUGUGACAGAAGUAACGAGUGCAGUCACUUCUUCCAGUUAAAGAAUGUCUCCUUCUGUGGUUAUCAUCCCAAAAACAGCAAGUAUUUUGGUUUCAUUACAAAGCAUCCGGCAGACCAGAGAUUUGCCUGCCAUGUAUUUGUGUCUGAGAACUCCACCAAGCCUCUUGCGGAGUCAGUAGGGAAAGCCUUCCAGUUGUACUAUAAAGAGUUUGUGGAGUUCUCGUGUCCUACAGAAGACAUCUACCUGGAAUAGCCUAGCCCUGCCUUCAACCACAGCCCUGUACAGUACACUGUAUCAUAACAUAAUGUUGCAUGAAGGACAGACAUAUCUAAAAAAAAAAAAGUAAAUAAAAAAUAACACAUCUGACAAACAACCAGGAAAAGAAGCAUCAAGAAUUGGAACAGUGGACAGGGGAAGAUAUGAAAAUGAGCCAAAGGAGGAGCGUUUUGAGAAAAGAAAAUAUGCAAAAUGGCGUCGGUGAUGAGGUGGUGAUCACAGGCUGUCCAUGGAAAGCACAAACCAGCUGUAUCACCGCAGCCUUGGCAGCGCUAGUUAGCCUGUAGCAUUGUCUCAGCAGGUGGACACUGAAAGCCCUGGAGCCGUACUGGACUGCACUACCUUGUACUCGCACUUGACAAAAGAGCGUGAUAGUCAGCUCAGGUUUGGAAAAAUUAACACAUGGUGAGUUUGCUGUGACCUUAAAUAUUCAGGGUCUGAGCAUAAGGGAGGUGUAUAUUUACAAAAUAACAUCCUCACAUUGAAAAUGUACACUAAAUGAAACAACUCCAUGUAGUAACAACAAAUUUUAUCCUUUUAGCACAAAUGAUAUGAAGGUGAAAUAUCCACAUCGUUCAGUGGUGAUGAACCUAAAACACUGUUAUAAAACCAGCUAUAAGUGAUGUUCUUUGCAUUUUUGGGCCUUUUUUAGACUUUUGGUGUUCAAGGCCAAGCCUUUGUUGUCAAAUCCAGCUGUAACAGUUUGACAGCAGAAAAUGCCAUAGUCAUCUGGAACAUCAAUGGCCAAGCAUCAGCUCAUAGUGCCAUUGAAGCUCUCUACACAUGAUCAGCAGUACGAGCUGAGUGCACUGAAAAGUGCUUGGAAAUUUGACAAACAAAUCAAGCAAAGAUUUAUUUCAGUUAACACAAAAGAAGAAAAAAACUUGUAAUAACCCAAUGAUCAAAAAGGGUUUGGAUAUAUGAAACCUUUUUUCUUCCCUUACUAGUCGCUUUCAAACAAGAUCAAAGUUGAAACUGAUGUCAAGGUCUCUAAGCAGUGUCCAAGGUAGCAUAGCUGCAAGUUCCAAAAGUUUCUCUUUCUCCAUUGGUAAACAGUAGUUAAGGCAGAUACAAAGUAGUUCUGCUGCCGAUCAUGUGUAGAGACCUUUAAAGUAAUCGAGCGCUGGCUUCUUUCUAGAGCCACCAUUUUUGCACCAGCGUUCCACAUUCAAACAGGGAGAAGAAGAAAAAUGGAGACCAAAGCAACAACAAAACAGCUAGCAUGCUAGCGGAUCCAUUGGUUUUCUCUGGGUUGAAGGGCAUUCUGGGAAAUAUAGGUAAUUAAGUGAGGUAGGAGUACACAAGGCAGGAUCAACUAAAAAAUUUCAACACUGAAUUUUAGGAAGCUUUAAACUCCUAGAAUGCACUGAGCAUCACAUGUUGAUAAAAAAAAAUCAGUGUUCGGGUUUAUGUGAGUGGAUAUUUUCCUUUCAAACCUUGUAGCGGCUUCUAUCGGUACUGUAGUGCUAACAGCCCUCAACACUUGCCCAAUAAAGCCUUAGUCCUUAAUUCCUAGCCUGACUCCAGACACACUGCGCUUCUUUACUGUGUGUUCCAACUAGGUAUGAAAUCAAUUACCAAGAUGUUUAACACCAGGAAAAAAGAAAAAAAACAUCUGUAUUAGGCUGUUGCUUUGGUGGUAGAAGACAAGAAAUUCCUCUGUGUGGCGUUCUAGAGACUUGCUCCUCAUCAGAAA